AUGGAUCAAACCUCGGCACCUAACUGGGCUCCAGAAGACCCCCAGGAGGCCCCAGUUCGGCGCUCACGAACUGUCCGUCACUGCAGUAGCUCCUCCGAGGGGUUCCAGUCCCGCGAAGCCCCCGGUCGGUCGUUUGUUCCGAAAGGGCCUAGACGCGGCCAAAAAGACGAUGCGCAACAGUGCAACCCGCGGAAAGUGAGGUGCUUCUGCUGCUGGCCUGCUGCAAACCAAAAGAUGACAGCUGCUGGUGCGGCGUGCCGGUGCCGCGAAGAAGAGGCGACUAAGGCGAUAACGCACACACAUCCCGCUCUCAGGUCGUCUCCCCGUCCUUACAGGAGACGGGAGGGAGAAGGAGGCCAGGCUCAGGCUCACUCUCACUCUCAGUCUCCAAUCUCACUCACUUUCCUCAACUCUCUGUCUCCUCACUCCCCCACAUCUCCUCUCUACACUCAUCCUUCAGUCGUCCAGACCCUUUCGCGGCUCGCCGUACGGAUACCUUCACAGGUUCAGGCACACAACGAGGCGUGCGAGCGUGUGCCACUCACACGUUCAACGUCCAAUUGCAGACUGCAGCCGUUGUCCCUCCCCAUCGACCACAUCAAGGCAACCUGCCACCCCUCCUCGCCGCCGCAGUCCGUCAUCUCACAUUCUCGACCCCCCAAAGGACCAGGGAGGAUUCUCCCGUUGAGAGGAUCGAUCCAUCUCAUUACUCAGCUCUUAACCCAACACUGGCCCUUUCUCAACUUCGCAUCAGAUAUCCGCGUCUCCAGCAUGGUCUACUGCGGUAAGCCGUCGAAAGGCUGUUCCAACUGUCCUAGGUCUGCCCUCGUCGUUGAUUGCCAAAAGUUUCUUGCACGUCGGCGGGGAGGCAACUGUGAUCAAAAGGAGCCCGGCUGUGGUCAGUGUGAGAAGCGACAGCAACAAUGUCCUGGCUACCGAAACCUCGUCGACCUCAUGUUCCGAGAUGAGAGUUCACACGUCAUCAAAAAAGCUGCCAAAACGAAGGCAAGGGGUCGAUUAAAGAAUGCACAGGCCUCGAGUGCCGGAUCGUCCUCCGAAAAUGUAAUAGCAAGCACCGACCACGACAGCUCCGAUCCGAGUCCUCCUGGAACGGCCGUGAGACCCAGCGUUCGGCGCCAGUAUCCACCUCGUCCCAUGGAAACCACGAUGCAGAAUAUGACUAUUAGGCAUCGGCCACGGCAGAUCCAAUGGUCAUCCUCCUCCUCCGAUAGCGAUGACGACGAAGACGGGCCUUGGUCAAUGGCACCACGCGCAAGGCCUCUGUACUCUUUGUCGCCCUCAUACCAGGAACGUGGCACGGCCUUUUUCUUUUCUCGCUAUGUCUCCAUGGACGAGAAUGCCUGCCAUCAAAAUUAUGACUUCAUCUUUGAUGUCUGGCGCCCCGCCAGCAUGCUGCCCAGUCGACAGGCGGACGGCGUGAUGGCUAGUAUAGCUGCUGUGGGCUUGGCAGGCCUUUCGCACCUGACAAUGUGUGCAGAAAUGAUGGACUGGUCGCGUCGGAGCUACGGCGCCGCUCUCAAAAUGACAAAUGAUGCUCUAAGGGACCCAGUUGAAGCCGUCAAGGACACCACCAUGUUGUCCAUUCUCGUGUUGGGGACCUACGAAAUGUUGAGCGGUCGUACCAACCAGACAGUGAGAGCAUGGCAAAACCAUCUCAACGGUGCCUCUGCUCUAGCCAAGAUGCGAGGCCUCGGCCAGUUCACAACUAGAGCGGGGGCACGAAUGUUCAUGAUGCUGACACAGAUCGUCCUCAUCAACUGUAUGCAAAGAGACAUGCCCAUGCCGCAGUCUCUCAUCGACCUCCGGAACCAGCUGGGUAUGCUUUCGGGCGGAACUGAUCCUGGCUGGCGAUUAUCUGGUCCCAUAUAUAAGGUCAUGCAGCUGCGGUACGACAUUAACAGCGGGAAACUUAACCAAACGGCCGAUAUCAUCAACCAACUGUCCAGCGUCGAUCAAGACUUUGCCGAUGUCAUUGCCGAUUUGCCUGAAACGUGGAGAUACAGAUCUGUGAGGCUUGCGACAUCACACCCAUCCGUUUUCGAUGGUCACCGCUGUGAUGUAUACGCCACGCUGGGGCUGGCUGCGACUUGGAACGGCGUCCGAUCGAUAAGAAUGAUGGUACACGAGACCAUCCUCGGAGAGCUUUUCAAAUGCUUUCAAGGUCAACACAUUAUGCUCUGGCCGUACGAGGCAAAAUUACAGCUGGCAAAGUCUGUCGAAUUGUUGGAGAAACUUUGCGAAAAUGUGUUGGCCAGCAUUCCUCAACAUUUCGGCGUUGUCAAUUUUAGAGACGCUCUGUUUGGAGGCGGCGGCGGCGGCUCACCGUCAGCCAUUGUACCAGUAACGAAGUCUCCGUCUCGAAUUGUGCGAUCUCCUUCGAUUUCUGCAUCGUCGUCUUCGCCGUCGUCCGUGGCUGAAACGCCGCCAGGCCCGAGGUCUUUCAAUGGCCCAACUCUGCAAGACCCAACCUACGCGAAGGGCCGCAGCAACGAUGCCGAGCGGUUCAUGACCCUUGCUUCCGCAAGCAACACGAUUGUGUGGCCGCUGUACUUGGUUGGAGUUUCAUCGUGUUGUACGCAAGAAGUCAAAGACUUUGUCGUCGACCGACUGAAAGCGAUACUCGAAGAGUCGGGGUUGAUGCAAGCUCAUGGAGUGGCACUCAUGGUUCGGGACAAGGAGGUGUAUAUUCCGUGGUCUGAUGUAUCCUGGAAUCGGAUGCCACAGACACAUAUACCGUCCGACUUGAUCGUUUAG